GGAACAUUUUGAUAGUGAACAGAAAUAUACUUCUGCGAAAGGACGUACACUAUUGAAAAAAUCGGCUGUACCUAUUUUCAAGAGGCCUGAACAUAUACCACUUAGAGAAAAUCUCUCCCCAGAUAGCCUUGAUGACGUAGACAUAUCUGACAUGGAAUCUAUUUUUGAUACGCCUAGAAAGUGUGCGCUAAAGAAAAAAGUUCAUAGGCUGGUUUGCGAAAAAGAAAAUUUACAAAAAAGGAACAAGAUUCUGAAACAGCAGAAUAGACGAUUGAAAAUGAAAAUGGCAAGCACGAAAACUAUUUUAAAAACAUUAAAAAAUAGAAGAAUGGAGAACGUUACGGUUUACUACUUCCCCGUGAAGGCGAUGGGAGAAUCUAUAAGGAUGUUGUUGGCGUACGGUGGCCAGGAGUUUGAAGAUAAAAGGAUCGGGAAGGAUGAUUGGCCUGCCUAUAAAGAAAGUAUGCCAUUCGGUCAGAUGCCAGUGUUAGAGAUAAACGGCAAGAAAUACGCACAGACGGUGGCUAUCGCGAGGUUACUGGGUCGGAAGUACGGGCUGGUCGGUGAUGAUAUUGAACAGGACUUUGAGAUCGACCAGAACGUUGAUUUCUUCACUGACAUAAGGCUGAAGGCUGCUGGAGUUUUUCACGAGACUGAUGAAAAAAUAAAGAAUAGAAUGCACGACGAGCUUUUGAAUAAUUACUAUCCGAAGGCAUUGAAGAAGCUGGACGAAAUCGUCGCCCAGAAUGAUGGACAUAUUGCUCUUGGAAAACUAAGUUGGGGUGACUUUGUCAUAGCUGGAAUGUACGAUUGCUUCAAGAUGAUCCUUAAAAUGCCUGACUUGGAUGAAAAGUAUCCGAACAUCAAGAGAAUUAAGAACACAGUGUUGUCCAUACCUAAAGUGAAGGAGUUCUGCGAUGCCGCGCCGAAAUGUGAUUGGUAGACAUUAGAAGCUAUAUUAAUUAAAAAAAAAUUGGCCACUAUAGCAGUUAAAUAUACCUACUUUAAAUAUAUAUACCUAAUGUCGAUUAUAAAAUAAACUUGUUACACGAUAUUUGCUUGUAAAUAAAUGCGAAAAAACAAACGUACUAUUCAUUAAUUAUAAAUUAUUAUAGAUACGUAUGUACUAAAAUAAAAUCUUGGAAUAAAAAUAUUUGCUUUCAAUAUACUUUUAAAGUUUAGAAAUGUAUCACAGUUAAGUUAAUUAAAUUGUUUUGUAUUUUA